CGAUUUUUAAUGAAGUUUCCAAGGAUUUAUUAUCAUCUUUUUGUUUUAAACUUUUUGCACAAUAGUUAUGAUUUGUAAUAUUUAUACUUCCACGCUCUGUGCCGUGUGGCUUGCACAAACCCCCCAUCAACCACCGGGUGAGAUCGGCCGUAGCACAAAUCCCUCCGAUUCUGGCGAACGAUCUGCGCGCUGCAGUAACUUAGUGCUAUUCUGCAGAAAAUCAGCCGCGACUCUCACGACUUCGCCGCCAUUCUGCCGCAACUUUGUCGCUAAUCCGGUGCAACUCUGCGACGACUCUGCCGCUGUCUUCUGUAACUGCGCAGUGACUCCCCGGAUGAUUCUCCACUGAUUUGCUGAGUUAAGGUAGAGACCAGCAUACAUGUUCACCAAUGAACGGAGGCAACAAGAACGAACAGGGAGAUAUGGAACUUCCAGAGUGGAAUUCCUUCAGGAAUUGGUGACUCAGUUUCAGAACACAUCUGCAGAUGAAACAAGAGAGAAGAUUUUGGCAAAUUUGGCCAACUUUGCCUAUGAUCCUUACAACUACAACUUCUUGCGUCAGCUUAACGUUUUGGAACUUUUCAUUGACUGCUUAACGGAACCCAAUGAAAAGCUUGUAGAAUUUGGCAUAGGAGGGAUCUGCAAUUCUUGUGUUGAUCCUGCCAAUUCCGCAAUUGUAACUAAGUUUGGUGGGAUACCUCCUAUAAUUCAAUGUUUAUCAAGCCCAGAUAGAAACACUGUAAAUUAUGCACUUGGGUCACUUUAUUAUAUCUGUGACGAUUUUAACAAGGAGGAGAUUUUAAAGCCCGAAGUUAUUGACAUCAUUAGAAGGUACGCCGCUGCCGAGGAUGUUAGUGUGAGUUUCAGUAAUCUGGCUAAAGCUUUUGUGAAUAAACAUCUAUCAGGGAACGAGUGAGAUUUAAACUUUUCUGCUCACAAUUUACACUACCUUCUACAAUUAAGUAUGUAUUGUUAUUAAAACUAUGAGUCUUGACUUACACACAAACACAUUUAUUCCUGUGGUCUGGGUUGAAUUUGAGUAUUGGUAUCAUUGUAUAUUCGAUUGGUGCUAUAGAAUUUAAGAAAUUGACAUGAUUUCAGAAUGAGAAUUUUCUCUGAAAACCCUAUAGACACAAUUAUUUCCUUGGUCUGGGUUGGUUUUGAGUACUAGAAUGGAAACAUUUUCAAGUAUAUUUAAUGGAUAAAA